AUGGAAAACAUAUUUAGGAAGAUAGCACAAGAUACCACCAAAUUCGACGCCGGAGAUGAAGAGGGCUGGAGAGAACUAUAUGAGCCAUUGUACGCUGAGGUUCCUAGCAACGUUGGCACUGUGAAGGAUCAACAAUACGGGCCGGCUGAUCGCAAUCAACUGGAUGUGUACUUUCCUCUUCAGGACCAGACUGAGGGAAAGCCGGUGGUUUUCUUUGUUCAUGGUGGAGGCUUCUUCUCCGGAGGUAAAGGAUGGAGCGAAAAGGUAUAUCUUGUCUGCCAUGCUGUUAACCCAUCGGAUGCUCGACUGACUAGUAUUUUCUGCAAGUGCUGGGCGAAUGUAGGGUUUUAUUUUGCCCAACGCGGUUUCGUCACUGUACUCGUAAAUCAUCGUCUAGUUCCGAACGUUGAGUACCCCGGAGGAGCCGAUGAUAUGCAGCUUGCUCGGGAAUGGGUUUUCCAAAACAUUGCAGCCGUGAAAUACGGCCGGGGAUCACCGAACAAGGUGGUACUUUUGGGCCACUCCUCUGGUGGCGCACAUAUUGCUAUGAACUUGUAUGCUGCAGGAGAUCCGGAACGAACGCCGAAAACGCCAAUUUUCCCACCUGUUUCCGGAGUUAUUUACUUGAGUGUACCUUUUUGGUUUGAUAGAACUAAACCUCUCCGACAAAAGGUGAUUCGCCAUUACUAUGGAUCAGACUCUGAGGCGGUCUGGGGUCCUCUUUCUGCACUCGGGUUAUUCAAGUCUCUGCCAGAGGGCUCGCCGUUAUUAGACUACGAGCAGUUACCGAUUUAUAUUGGAAGCGUUCAAUGGGAAGUGAAAGAAACAGCAGAUGCCACUAUCGCGUUCUUCAAUGCCUACCGUGAACGGAGCAUUCCGCGAGGGACGCUACCGGUUUUUCAUGUGCAAGACAAACACAACCAUGUCAGGUUUGUUUCAGUCCUCUGUGAUCCAUCUAAUUACGAUGUAGCUCUAAUAUAG